GUUAAUUUUUCAAAUUCUGCCCAGUAACCCUUCCCCUAUAUAUAUACACACACAAAGCCCCUCUCGUUCUCCUACGUAUACACAGAUAUAGAGAGAGAAAGAGCUUAUAUCUAUCUCUAUCUCUAUCUCUAUAUAUAUAUACCAAUUAAUUAUUGUUUAAUUCCGGCCAUGGCGGCGCCGCCGCGGAGGCGCGUGAGGAUUUCGGUGGACUCAGCGUCGUUUGUCUGCGCAGUGAUUCUAACGGCGUUAAUUCUAACGACGAUGAGCGCCGUCGUCGUAAUUAACGGCGGCGGCGGCGUGGAGGCGGUGAGAGGGCGGCGGAUGGCGGAGCGGUCGUGCGAGGAGAUAUAUGUGGUCGGAGAAGGGGAGACGCUGCAAACGAUCGGUGAGAAAUGCGGCGACCCGUACAUCGUCGAGAGAAAUCCCCAUAUCCAUGACCCGGAUGAUGUCUUCCCGGGUCUGGUUAUGCGGAUCCUGCCCCGCCCCAUAUAUAAUAGUCACAGAUUCUAGAAGAAAAUUUAAAUAAAUAAAUAAAUACUUUUUGGUAUGUACUUAUGUGUGUAUUUUGUAUUGUGUUGUACUAUACGGUAUGUAUACUUUAAUAAUAGCAAAAUGGAAAUUAAUAAACACUUAUUUUACGUAAACUUACUGUUGGAA